AUGAAAAAAAAAAUUAUUAUCAUUGUAGGAUUAUUAAUUAUUACUUUUAAUUUGAAAAAAGCAAAUGAAUCAAAAUAUUAUCUUGAACAAAAAGAAUUUCAGUAUAAAAUAUUUGAUAGACCUUUGAAAACACAAGAUGCCUCAUUUUUAAGAAAAUUAAUAUCAAAAGAAAAUAUAACAUUUUUUAAAGAAAGACAAGUUCAUUCUUCUCCUCCUUCCUCUCAUGAUAAAUUAAUUAAUAAUAAUAAUAUUAUUAUUAAUAAUAAUAUUAAUAAUAAUAAUAUAGAUAAUAAUAUAGAUAAUAAUAAUAAUAAUAAUAAUAAUAUUAUAGAUAAUUCUAAAACCAAUUUAAAUAAUAAUAAUAUUAAUAAUAAUAAUAAUAAUAAUAAUAAUAAUAAUAAUAAUAAUAAUAAUAAUAAUAAUGAAAAUUCUAAAGAUCAAACCAAAAGUUAUAGACAACAACAAACAGAUCAACAUGAAUCAGCAACGACAAACAACAAUAACAACAAUAAUAAUCAAGAAGAUUCAAAUAUACCAGAACAUAUAAAUCCAGUAUCAUUUGUAAUAAUGUCAUCUAUAUCUGUAAUAUUAUUUAGUGUUUUAGUACAAUCAAUGUAA